UACUGUAAAAUUUAUUCUACAAUUCACAAUAUUAAAAUUUUUAUAAUUUCUUUCUUUCAAGAAAGUUUAGAAAAAACUUCAAGAAUUUUUGAAAUACUAUACAAAAAACAUUCAUACCGGAGCGCACUCGAUUAGUGUAUAUCGAUUGGCAAAUAAACAAUCAGCUGGGCUGCGGCAUAUCGAAAGCCGCGAAUCUCAGAAUAGUUUUGAAGCGUCGUGCUGCGUUUGCUUCUUGUGUUUUAGCGGAACAAAAUUUGCGCGGAUUCCGCAUAAUGUCAGACGAUCCAGAUUAUUUAUUUGCGCUGCAGCUGCAGCAGCAGUUCGAUGCCGCUGAAACAUCACAACCGAAGAAUACAAAGAAGUCAACGGUGGACAGUGAUUUUGAAUUAGCCCUUAAGCUGCAAAAUGAAAUGGAUGAUGUUACGGCACUCAAUAGUUCCAACGAACUUGAUGCCGUCUACAGUCUGGACAUGUCCAACAGCAAAAAGACAAAUGAGCAUGAGAAGAACAACAAGAUGCUUUCCAAGCCGGAGCAUAAUCAGGACGAUGGCGGCGGUGCCUAUCUGGAUCAAACGGCGAAUCUCGUGCACCCGGAGUGGGAACUCGUUGAUCCAACGCCAGAUGUGUUUGCCAUGUUCACACGAUUCGAUGAGAAGUUCUUUCAGCGACGUCUCGGCGCUGUUGUCGUCGAGUGGAGCAAACGUAUGUAUUCCUGCGCUGGAAUUUGCUACCAGCGUGGCAAUCGCUAUGUGAAAGAGAUCAUCAUACGCCUCAGUGAACCGCUGCUGAAACUGCGUCCACGCAAGGAUCUCGUUGAAACACUCCUCCACGAGAUGAUACAUGCCUAUUGCUUUGUCCUCAAUAUACGCGAAGGCAAUGGCGGUCAUGGUCCCAAUUUUAAACGCAUCAUGACCACCAUCAAUAAGGUGGCGGGCACCAAUAUCACCGUCUAUCAUUCCUUUCACGACGAGGUCAAUGCGUAUAAAACUCACAUUUGGCGCUGCAAUGGGAUUUGUCAGUUCCAUCAUCCCUUCCAGGGUUGGGUGAAGCGCACUUCAAAUCGUGCGCCAGGUCCCAAUGAUCAAUGGUGGGCCAAACAUCAAUCGGAAUGCGGUGGCGUCUUCGAGAAGGUGCAGGGACCAAAACCUACACCAGUGCCCAGUAAAUCUAGCAGCAACAAAGUGCCAAAGACUCAAACUAAGACUGAAAGUGCCGUUGGCAACGAUAUACGUAACUAUCUGAAGAAGCCAACAAGCGGCAGUGGCAGCAGUCAGCCAAUAUUAAAGUCUACGCCCGCCAUUCUGGCAACAGCCGGUGUGGCUACAAGCGCGUUUCCGCCCACCUCAUAUCCGGGUUUGUCCAGCAAUCCCAUGGUUGCUUCUGCUUCUGCUACUGCUCCUUCUGCUGCUGCUGCUGUUGGCGGUAAGCGUAGCAAUGUGCGCGGCUUCAAGGACUUGAACAGCAGCGGCGAGGAGAGUCCUCAGGUUGUCACACCACGUACUGAGAUGCAGGGCAAAGGCUACAGCCUGGGCAGCGGCGAAAGCACCACAGGCACUGCCCCAACGGACGCUGCCAAGCGCAACAUGUUGCGUGAUCAUUGGUCCAAGCGAUUUCCGGCAGCAGGCGCCUCGACUCAGGUCGAGCCAAAUCCCAGUAAGCGUGCUCGCAUCAAUGAGCCGGACUGGGAGGCUAUGGACGACGAGGUCUGGGUACGCGACGAGAUCAAGUCAACCAUUACGAUUUCCGACAGCGAAGAUGAUGACCGCGAAGAGCAACCAGCUAGCACAUUUAAAGAGCCAGCUGGAGUUUCCGCCAGGAAUGUGAAAGCGAAUGCAAAUGCAAACAUCUCGGUGCUGAUCAAACGCGAGAUUAUGGAGGAUGAAACGAGCUUCGAUGAUGAUGAGAUCAUGAUGAUUGACGAUGAGUUCGAUGACAACGACAACAGCUUCACAGCUGCCACCGAGUUAGCUGAUCAGUCGGUCAUCGAUGACCUCUUUGGCGAGGACACACUGCUGCAGGAGUUUCAGCGUGAGAACGAUGUAGUGCCAACGGGUUCACGCUAUCAUCAUGAUGAACGCAAUGAUAUUACCACCUGUCCCAUUUGUUUUGAUAAAAUGAAACGCUCGGAGUUUACCAAUCAUUUGGAUGGCUGCAGCAUUACCAUCAAGGUGAAGCCGCCAUCCUUCAAAGGCAAGUCUCAGCUGCCUGUUAGCGUGGGAUCAAGCAACAACAACAGAAACAGGAAGCGUGUCUCAAACAAGUCGCGUGGCAAGCCAAGGGCCAGCUCCAACAAGCAUCAGAUACUUAAGAGCUCGGGCUAUACGAGUGACGAGAUUGCUGCACUUAAUCUCAGCUCAUCGGGUGAAUCCAGCAGCGAGCUAACACCACGACAGCGUCGCCAGUUAAAUGCGCCCACUACUGUCGUCAAUCUCAACUCGUCGGGUGAAUCAGAAGCAGAGCUAACACCGCGUCAGAUACGUCAGCGUAGAUUGAACUCGACGAACACACAGUGUCCGAAGUGUGGCCGUGAAUUGGCCAAUUAUCUGAUGGAAGCGCAUGGCAAGUUCUGCAAGGGAUAGAAGAGAGCACGAGGAGUGAACCAAGACAGUCCAACACAUACAUUGAAAGCAUUUCCAAGUUUUUUUUUUUUUUGUGUUUA